UGGGGAGUUGUUGGACACCCAUUGCAUUGCUGUGUCGUGGCUCUGUAACAUAACACGAAGGUGGAGAGGAAGACGUGAAUUGCGGGCUCUCAUUUGACCACAAGGCAGAUUUUCAUGAUUUUAAGAGCAAACAUAUUUAGUCAAUUGAUCUACACUUAGAUAACGGGAUUCACCAGCUCUGGAUAUGUCCUUCAUAUUUGAUUGGAUUUAUAGUGGUUUCAGUAGCGUACUGCAGUUUCUAGGACUGUACAAGAAAUCGGGCAAGUUAGUAUUUCUUGGACUGGACAAUGCUGGCAAGACGACGCUACUGCACAUGCUCAAAGAUGACAGAUUGGGACAGCAUGUGCCAACUUUACAUCCAACCUCGGAAGAGCUGACGAUCGCUGGCAUGACCUUCACCACCUUUGACCUUGGAGGCCAUGCACAAGCUCGCAGAGUGUGGAAAAACUACCUCCCCGCCAUCAACGGCAUCGUCUUCCUUGUGGAUUGCGUAGACUUCCCGAGAUUGGCAGAGUCCAAAACAGAACUUGAUGCUCUAAUGACCGAUGAGACCAUUGGAAACGUGCCGAUCCUGGUCCUCGGCAACAAGAUUGACAGAACAGACGCCAUCAGUGAAGAGAAACUGCGUGAGAUGUUUGGAUUAUAUGGACAGACAACAGGCAAGGGCAACAUUCCCAUGAAGGAGCUGAACACGAGACCCCUGGAGGUGUUCAUGUGCAGCGUGCUGAAGAGGCAGGGCUACGGCGAGGGCUUCCGCUGGCUCUCCCAGUACAUUGACUAGAGCCCUGGCACCAGGAGGCGCUACAGGGAGACUUCUACCGCCACCGCCACCAUAUUCAGUCCUAUGUUUGGUUUAUAAAGUCUGCCUCCGCCAUCAGAAAAAAACAGUACAACUUGAACCCAAUAGACUUUUAUUGGUCUCCAGAACACUUUUUUGGGGGGUUACACACUUUUUCUCUUCACACUCUUUUCUAAGAGAAUUAACAUAGCAUCGGUUCUGCAGAAGUGUUAAAAAAAAUCAAACGGAUGAAUAUUUUUUAUGAUUUUGUUUCCAUCUAUUCGCCUCCCCAUGACAUCUGUUGGUGUGAAAAAUGCAGUAUAUAAUUGUAAAUCUGUAAAUGUAUCUAAUGGUACAGGGCACCCGCCACCUUCCAGCACAUUUUGAGCAGUGAGACAGAGUAGUUGUACACAUCGCAAUACACUUUUUUUUAACAGGAAAGGCAACAUACAGACAUGACUCGUGUUUAAUCAUGUUUCCUUCAUGUCUUUUCUUCAUCCUAUAUUUUUUACAUAGUAAGAAGUGUGGCCACCUAGACAGCAGCAUUCACCUUAAAGAAAACCCUUCCGUCUCUCUGGCUGUGUCAUUGUCUUAUAAUAAACCGAGCCCUGCAUUUAUCUUCAUUAAUGUAUUGGAAAUAGUUACAUUUCUUAAGAGUUUGUCACUUGUAUUGGCAUUUAAGGUAAUUCCAUUUCCAAAAAGCAGUGUGUUGUCUGUUGACACGGACUAGUCCCAUGCUCCAGGACUGGAGUGUAGACAGGCCAACGGGUUGUGAGAGAUGAUAGAAUGGACCAUAUAGCACAAUGGGAGGGGACAUUUUAAUUUGGAAAAGUAAUAAUAUUUGCUAUAUAACCAUCUCUUUUGGGGUUUGAGGUUCAAAUUGUUAGCUAGCAGACAAGAUCAGAAAGAUAUUUAACUGUGAAUGAAAUGAUUGAAAAUAGCUUGAUAAUAACAUGCAGUAGAAAGUGGUUGGCGCAAUGUAACAUCUAAGUAGUUGUCAAUAUUAGAAAGCCAUCUUCCAGAUGAGUUCUCUCGAGCAGAGCUGGGCCCGGUUUCCCAAAAGCAUCUUAAGGCUAAGUUCACCUUAGAACCAUAGGAUCCUUUUGGGAAACCGGGCCUGAACGGGAUGAAUAUAGUGACCAAGUUAGAUAUGAGGAAUAGUCCACGAGUGAGAACAGACAGGAAAACCUAGAAGAAAGGGACCGUAUGAAAUGUACAUGACUACCGUACGUGGAAUUUUUUUAUAUGCGGUUUCCUUGAUCAAUGUGCAUUAUAAAAACUAUUAUGCAUGCCUUGUUCUUUGAUUUGUAAUGACCAUAUACAGAAGUACAAGAGGGAGCAAAUGCCAAAUUAAAAUGUAAGGAAUUGAGUGCUUAUCUCAAAAUCUGUAGUUUUUUAAAGAACCAGAAUGAAGUGGUUUUUCUGUUCUGCCCAUUUGUCCCUUUAUUUCCUCAUAUUCCAUGAGCUGUUCCGAUAAGGGAGAGACUUACUGUUUGCAUCAUAAAUUGUAAUAAAUGUUUGCAAUGAAUAACUGA